GUUCAGUUGCCAAACAAAGGCGUAAGUGCAGAUGAGUAAAUAAAUUGUAACUUUUGCGCUGUUUGCUUGCAAGAUGAGCUCCUGGCGUGAGAGUAUAACCAAUUUACCGACUGCAGUUGCACAAUUUGUCAACGAAAGUACAUCGACAGCUAGUAGCUAUCUAAAUUUGUCACAUUCAAGCUCCACUGUCUCCGAGGAGAGUGCUCCACAGCAUACGGACUACAAGGCGUUGCCCAUUCCCGCAUCUCUGGUGAAGGAACAGUGGCGCUUGAUAUUCACCUCAGAUGCCAACAGCCAGGACUUACAGGCUGCCAUUGCGCAUUGUCGCGAUCUUGUCCUGCUGAGUGAUGAAUGCAGUGAGGAACGUCGGUGGCUGGUGCGGCAUUUGGUGGACUUGCGCUAUUCGCUGCAGGAGCUGGAAGAGGCACAGGCGGUGGCCAACACGGAUGUAGUGGUAUUGAAUGCCAUUAAGUCGGUGGUGGGACACCAUUUUGUACCACAUCAUCCAAACACACGUAACCGCCUACAGGCAGCUGCCAAACGCUACUAUUGUGAUCAUUGUGCCGGGAUUAUUUGGCGAGUGGUGCAGGCGGCCUACAUCUGCAGCGAUUGCAGCUACCUGGUUCACCAAAAAUGCAUUGACAGUGUGCAGCGUGUGUGUGCUCAUGUGCUGGCCUCCGAUCGUCAAUAUCCGAUUGCCGAUAUUUGCCCAGAGAUUGGCUUAGCCGCCCAGCGUUAUAAAUGUGCCGAGUGCUCGACUCUGCUUAAUUUCAAGAAUUCCUGGAUUGAGCCACGCCUCUGCGACUAUCGCGGUCUCUACUACUGUCCUUCGUGCCACUGGAAUGAUAGCUUUAUUGUGCCUGCUCGUAUAGUGCACAACUGGGACUUUACGCCGAGGAAAGUCUCGCGAACCGGUCUCCAAGAGAUUCAGUUGUUCCUUGAUAAGCCGCUCAUCCGUCUGGAGGAGGAGAACCCCAAGUUAUUUGUCUUCUUAGAGAAGCUCUGUACUGUUAAGAAAUUGCGUCAGAAUCUGGUGCAUAUGCGACACUAUCUAGCUGCCUGCAAAGACGCUGCCGAGCAGAAGCUCGUGGAUCAACAGUUGGGCAGACGCCGACAUUUAGCGCAGUCCAAUGAGUUCUACUCAAUUGGUGAUCUAGUGCAGGUUGAAUCGGGUGUCUUAGCUGAAUUCCUGCAAGGCGUCUUCAAGGUCUUUGGCAGCCAUAUACGUAGCUGUGAAAUGUGCCUAGCGAAGGCGUACAUCUGCGAGAUCUGCAGCAACAACGAAGUGAUAUUCCCCUUUGACGAUGGCUGCAUCAAGUGUGAUCAAUGCAAUUCCAUUUACCAUCGUGUGUGCUUCACCCGGAAGAACAUGAUAUGCCCGAAAUGUGUGCGCAUCCAGGAGCGACGCCUACAAUUGCAACGUGAUUUAAGCAAACAGUCGAAAAAGGGAGAGGAUGAAAAUGCGGAAGACUCUGACUCCGCCUUGGAACCAGUGGACACCACGUAACCCAACCACUUUAAAGUUUAUUGUUUUUAAUUUGUAUCUGUUUAACGGUUUU